UACAAGUCACAUUUUGUAAUCCCUACUUUAGACAGACAAUUCCACCCAUUAUUGAAGACAACCAUUUUGCUGGAGGACAAAAAAAAAAAACCCUAAUUAAUUUAGAGAGUCUCUGGCUCAGCUUUUGAGAGAGAGCUCCUGCCUGUGACAUCAAGGUCUUGCUCCUGCAUCCAGAUCCAGCAAUGGGAAACUCACAGAGCAGUGCCAUGUCCAAGGAGAUCCUAAAAGACCUGAAGCUAACAACAAAUUUUUCAGAGAAUGAGCUCUGCCAGUGGUACGAGAACUUCCAGAAACAAUGCCCAUCUGGACGCAUCUCACCAGAUGAAUUUGAGAAGAUCUAUAAACGCUUCUUUCCUGACAGUGAUGCCACUACGUAUGCCAAGCAUGUCUUUCGAUCAUUUGACACAAAUGAUGAUGGGACACUGGACUUCAAGGAGUACAUAAUUGCUCUGCACAUGACAUCAGGUGGAAGAACAGAGCGGAAGUUGGAGUGGGCUUUCUCACUGUUUGAUGUUGACAAGAAUGGCUACAUCACCAAGGCAGAAGUAUCAGAAAUCUGCUCUGCCAUUUUUAAGAUGAUUCCCAAGGAAGAGCAAGAGAAGCUUCCAGCAGAUGAAAACACUCCAGAGAAGAGAGCAGAAAAACUGUGGGCUUAUUUCAACAAAAAAGACAAUGAGCGGUUGGCUGAGGGGGAGUUUAUUCAGGGGGUGAUGGAUAACAAUAAUGCCCUCCACCUAAUCCAGUAUCAACCCAUCAAAUAAACAAACACAAUGCUGGACCCAUUCUGGGGCCUACAGUUACUUUGUAAAUACUAUUAUUUGCUAUUUCCUUAAUGAUGGCAGUUGAGCUGAAAGGUUGUCUACUGUUAUGUAAUACACACUAGUACUCCUGCACUCUUAAGUAGUUUAAACAUACAUUCUUAAUAAAUCCAGCUAUUCAAAAUGUCUAACGU